GAGAAAAAGAACCCAAAAAUAAUUUUAUUCUAUUACCCUUUUUCAUUCUAUUAUUUCCUUCUCUCUGUUCAAAAUCUCUGUAAAACCUCUUGAAUGAUAAUCGCGAUUUCUCAUUCGUUUUGCAUUUCUAGGUUUUUGAAUUGAAUCUUCGAAAUUCCAUUGAAUAAUUCUAGGAUUUGAUUGAAGUUUUAAUUAAAGAAAGAGAUUUUGAUGGAUAAUAAUAGUUCAACAAUGGUUUUAUCUGCUUCAGACUUACCCACGAUCUAUUCAUUGAUUGCCAAUUCACUUAGUUCUGAUCAAAACUUGCGUAAACCUGCUGAAUCCGCUCUUUCUCAGUCCGAAAGUAGACCUGGUUUUUGUUCUUGCCUCAUGGAAGUGAUUACUGCAAAGGAUCUGGUUUCUCAGUCUGAUAUUCGCUUAAUGGCUUCAGUGUAUUUUAAGAAUGGUAUAAAUCGUUAUUGGAGAAAUAGGCUUGAUUCCUCAGGAAUAAGCAAUGAAGAGAAGAUACAUUUGAGACAGAAGUUGUUGUCACAUAUGAGGGAAGAAAAUUAUCAGAUCGCUGUUCAGUUGGCUGUUCUAAUCUCAAAAAUUGCUCGCAUUGAUUAUCCAAAAGAUUGGCCAGAGAUCUUCACAGUUUUAGCACAACAGCUUCAAUCGGCAGAUACUCUUACAUCACACCGAAUAUUCAUGGUUCUCUUUCGAACCUUGAAGGAGUUGUCUACCAAACGGCUCAUGUCUGACCAAAAGAACUUUGCACAGAUAUCCUCCCAAUUUUUUGAGUAUAUUUGGCACCUUUGGCAGACUGAUAUGCAUACCAUACUUAACAGUUUCUCCGCACUUGCCCAAAAUAUCGUGGAACAUCAAGAGGAUCUGUAUUUGACUUCUGAGAGAUGGUUGUUGUGUUUGAAGAUAAUAGGACAGCUAAUUCUUUCUGGAUUUCAGAGCGAUACAAAAUCAUUCCAGGAGGUGCGACCGGUCAAGGAAGUCUGUCCUGUUCUCUUGAAUGCUAUUCAGUCACUUCUUCCAUAUUAUUCAUCUUUUCAGGGUAAACAUGAUAAGUUUCACAACUUCACUAAGAGAGCAUGCACGAAAUUGAUGAAAGUUUUAGUCACGUUACAGAGCAAACACCCUUACUCCUUUGGUGAUAAAUGUGUUCUUCCACCUGUGAUGGACUUCUGUUUGAAUAGAAUUACAAAUCCUGAGCCAGAGUUAGGAUCCUUUGAGGAAUUUCUGAUUCAGUGCAUGGUCAUGGUGAAAGCGAUAUUGGAAUGUAAAGAAUACAAGCCCACCCUCACUGGGCGUGUGAUAAAUGAGAGUGCGAAUUCACUGGAGCAGUUGAAGAAAAACAUUUCCGGUGCAGUUGUGGAAGUUGUUGCCUCUCUAUUGCCUAGUGAUCGUGUAAUCCUGUUGUGUAAUGUAUUGAUAAGGAGGUAUUUUGUAUUCACCGCAACUGAUUUAGAUGAUUGGUAUCAGAACCCUGAAUCCUUCCAUCAUGAGCAAGAUAUGAUUCAGUGGACCGAAAAACUAAGGCCAUGUGCAGAAGCUCUAUAUAUUGUAUUGUUCGAAAACCAUAGUCAGCUCUUAGGUCCUGUAGUUGUUUCCAUACUUCAAGAAGCAAUGAAUGGCUGUUCAGCUUCAGAAACUUCGAUCACUCCUGGAAUGCUUCUGAAGGAUGCUGCUUAUGGUGCUGCUGGACAUGUAUACUAUGAGCUCUCAAAUUAUCUGAAUUUCAAAGACUGGUUCAAUGGUGCUUUGUCCCUCGAACUCACAACUGACCAUCCAAAUAUGCGCAUUAUACGCCGAAAAGUAGCGCUGAUUCUGGGGCAAUGGGUUUCAGAGAUUAAAGAUGACACCAAAAGACCAGUUUACUGUGCUUUGAUCAGAUUGCUUCAGGACAAAGACUUGGCUGUUAGGCUGGCAGCGUGUAGGUCCUUGAAUUUUCUUAUCGAGGAUUCAAAUUUCUCUGAACGUGAUUUCACUGAUCUGCUUCCAACAUGUUGGGGUUUAUGCUUUAAUCUGAUAGAUGAAGUGCAGGAGUUUGACUCGAAGGUUCAGGUUUUGAAUCUGAUUUCUGUGCUUAUUGCACAUGUUAACGGAAUCAAUCCAUUUGCAAACAGGCUGGUGGAGUUCUUUCAGAAGAUCUGGGAGGAAUCUACCGGUGAAAGCCUGCUACAGAUUCAACUGCUUGUUGCGCUAAAGAAUUUUGUGGUUGCACUUGGUUAUCAAUCACCCAUGUGCUAUAACAUGCUAUUGCCGAUCCUGCAGAAGGGUAUUGAUGUUAAUAGCCCUGACGAACUCAAUCUCCUGGAAGAUAGUGUGCUGCUAUGGGAAGCGACAGUUUGUAAUGCUCCCUCAAUGGUGCCACAACUAUUGGGAUUCUUCCCUUACCUGGUGGAAAUCAUGGAAAGAAGCUUUGAUCACCUGCAGGUUGCAGUCAAUAUCAUCGAGGGUUGUAUAAUUUUAGGUGGAACGGAGUUCUUAAGUAUGCAUGCUUCAACGGUGGCUAAACUUCUUGAUGCAGUUGUUGGUAAUGUAAACGAUAGAGGACUGAUCUCAACGCUUCCAGUCAUUGAAACCUUAAUACAGUGUUUUCCAAUCGAAGCCCCUCCAUUGAUUGGUAGUACGCUUCAGAAAUUAAUCAUAAUAUGCCUAAGUGGAGGCGAUGAGCGUGAUCCUUCUAAAGCAGCUGUGAAGUCUUAUUCUGCAGCCAUUCUCGCGAGGAUAUUGGUAACCAGUACCAAUUACCUUGCUCACUUAACAUCAGAUCCAUCCCUAUUUUUGGCUCUCCAACAAGCUAGCAUUUCAAUCGAGGACAAUGUACUUCUUUGCUUGGUUGACAUAUGGAUUGAAAAGGUUGACAGUGUGACAUCCAUCCAGAGGAAAGCUUUUGGUUUAGCUCUUGCUAUUAUUUUAUCUUUAAGAGUACCUCAAGUCCUCGAUAAACUUGAUCAGAUACUAAGUGUCUGUACAAGUGUUAUAGUAGGUGAUGAUUUAAAUGACGAAGAAUCUAGUGGUGAUAACAUGAAUGGUUCUGAGGCUCUACUUGAGGUUACGGUUCCAAGUAAAGAUUUUAGGAAGAGACAGAUUAAAGCUUCAGAUCCUAUCAAACAACUAUCUCUGGAAAAUUCUGUGAGAGAAAACCUCCAAACAUGCGCUUCAAUCCACGGGGAGACAUCUUUCAAUGCCGCAAUCAGCAAAAUGCAUCCAGUGGCAUAUGCACAAUUAGAAAAGGCUUUGAAGAGGCAGUAACCAGUACAAGCCUCCAAAUUCAUUCUUUAUACUCAAUGGUCAUUGUUUUCCAGCGAGUUAUUUUUUUCCAAGGUGGAUAUUAAUGACUGUGACCAGUCAAAGUUUCUGCCUCCGUAACGCGGAUGGAUACCCUUCGUUUAUUAUGGUGAGUGGGAUUCAUAUUUUAUUCAUUUCAAUUGUUGUAAAUUGUCUUCAAUAUGGGUUAGAUACGAUACUGUACUGUAAAUAUAGGUUUUGGUUCUCUCUCCCCUUUGCGCUGGUAUCAAAAUGUGAGAGCUUCUUCGUUAACUGAGUGGAAUUUUGGAAAUAGAGAAAAGAAGAAAAUGUAUACGGGAGUAAUUUUUCUUUGGGUCGAUUUUAACGUUUCUUGAAUGUUCUAAUUUUGUUUUUUUUCCUUCUGUGAAGAAUAAUGGUUGUGGUUUGUCUUAAUCGAAAGGGAGUGUAUUUCUUCAA